AUGAUCAAAAUCAAGUUGGUUGUACUAUACGGGGUCGGAGUGGUGACGUUCUUGGUCCUCCUAUUUAUCACCUACGAAGCUGACCAAUUUUUAAUCAACCACGUGGCUCAGAAGGCCUUCAAUGGCAGUCCAAACCUGUCUAGAUUGACACCACUUCCUGAUGUCGAAACGACCGAGUGGGCUCUACACAAACCGCCGGCUGCCUUCCCAAUUUGCUCGUACCAGGAGCCCUACGACCUCUCGUUCUGCCUUCCAACCAGUGAGAACAGUAGUGUGGAAACCGUGGAAGGGAAGUGUCAUCCAGAAAAGGAAUUAUUUCCUACUCGUGGCAACAGAUGCAUUUCCUAUGAUAUGCUUCAGACAAUGCCUGACAGCGUUUUAUCCACGGCCCGUCGUCCAGCUAUAUACUCGGUCUACCCACAGGAUAUUCCCCUUCCCACAGUUGUACAAGCCGUUAAAAACAACAGGCCAAUUCCAGUGGUAUUUACCUUAUUUGCUAAAAUGCAGUACAUUAGUAUCAUACUAUUUUACCGUUAUAUGUAUAUAUAGAGUAGGUGAGCUAACUCAUGAAAAGUCAAAGGAAAAUACGAAAUGCGUUUUGAUUUCGAUAAGAUUAAAUAAACAGGGUUGUAAACCUAAUCGCGAGGCAUCGUAAUUAUAUAAAAAAAACUUCGUUCCGGCUGCAUCUCAAAUUUUACUCCGUAAAAAAUACUCUUUAAUUAGCGUGCAUUUUUUUUACCGAUUUUCGAGUAUCUUAAAAAUCUGACUAUUUUACAUAGCCAUCGUAUGUAAAACUACUCAUUAUUUUGCUCAAUUGGUAGACGGUUACGCCUUCUGCCAAUUUUAUAGUCGAAAGAAUGGUAUAAUUCGCUUUUUACAAACGUUUUCAAUGUCCGAGUAAUUUUUAACCCGACCUGCCGUUACUCUUGGAUCCAGGAUUUCUCAACUGCAUGCCGUACAUUUCUCUACGGCAAGAAGAGGAUAAUAUAUGGGGUUAAUAAAAUAAAGUAGCGAAUUAGAGCCAUAUCGUUAACUUUACAAGCAACAUUGGUAAGUGCAGAAAAAUGACGUUUUACGAACGGCCAUUUCACGGUAUUAAAAAGUUCCCGAAUUAGAAACUUUUUAAACUCGAAUUAUACCCUUUCCUUCGAGCAAAGAAUUCAAAGAUGUAACUUUCUGCCAAAUGAGCAAAAAAAUAAUUUGUUUAUGCAUUUUUCUCAUAAAAUAUAUUUGAAUGUUUAAGGGCAUUCAAAAUCAGCGAAAAAAAUUCAGGCUUUUGAAGUGGCAAUUUUUUACGGAGUAUUGUUUUAGCAUUUAGCGGGAAAGAAUUUCGUUCGAAAGCCAGCAUCCUGUGGUAACUGGAUUAUUAUGAAAUUACGCUGCAGGCUGACCAGUAUUACAAUCAUGUUUAAUCAAUCUUUUUGAAACUUAAACGCAUUUCCAAAUUUCAUUUGACGUUUCAUGAGUUAGCUUACCUACUGUAUGUCGGGAGUACGGUAUAAUACGUCUGCUAUAUAUAUAUAUAUAUAUAUAUAUAUAUAUAUAUAUAUAUAUCGCGACCUGUUAGUUAGAAGUCCACUCCUGUAACCACUGGUUCACGAGCCCAUUGCCCUAUGUGUGCGUUUGUGUUCGUGCGUGUAUCGCAUACAUUGAUACUUUAUGCAUAAGAUAGUAAAUCGAUUUCGAGGCGCGCAGGCGUAAACUUUACAAACAACGCUUUCGCAGAAAAUGUGCCAGAAUAUAUCCUCCACAAUGUUGGAAGUGAUGUAUUAAUAAAUGAAAUCCUCACCGCAGCACCACAGCAAAUACCAUUGUGAUAAUUGUUGUGGCGUAGAAUUAAAAUUUUCAGUUGAGUACUGAUUAGAAAGUUCUAGUAGGUCAGGUUCAUUAUAGCAUGCUCGCUCGAGUCUUACAGUCCAAGCGAAAGCCUUUUCAGCCUGCCUAAACGCAAAUAUUCAUCUUGAAAUAAAUAAUUUUUUUCGUUUAUCGCGCAUAGGGUACUUCCAUGGCUACGAACAUGUUGUUUAUUAUGAGUUUAUAACGGACUGCGUAAUUAUGUCACUCGCUGCAUUUUGGAUGCGUUCACAUAGGAAUACGUGUGGACAGGUAAUUGGGUCGCAACCCAACCUUUUACAAUGGGAAUUUCAAUAGAGACUUUCGUGAAUGGAAACGAAUACUCUUCCAGUAGCCAUACCAUAGGCCCAGUGUAUAUCCAAAGAUACAUUGUUAUUAUCUGUAAGCGCACGUUUUAAACCUUAAAAGUACGAAAGGCCCCGUGAUCCCUUUUGGGGUAAUGUUUUGCUCGGCUGAGAGGUAUAUAGACGAAUAAGCGAAAUUUUUCUUUCAAGCCAAUAGAUAUUGCGAAACAAGCAGCCUCUGACUAAGUCUCGUCUUAAUCACCAUUCACGUGCACACCCUUCUAGCAUGACCGCAUGGAAAAUUAAUAUCCGUCACACGGCUGCUUGGCAAUUGGGUUAAGUGUCGUUUGCGGCGACUUAGGAUCUAGAGCAAGUCGCAAGCUUAGGUUUGCUUCUACGUAGAUAAGCAAACGGGCCGCGAAUAACGCCGCACAUAAGGCAAUCUUAGAGGGUGAAUCAUCCUUUGUAUUGCUAAACAAAUAUGUCAAACGCCCCUCCCCCCGCGUAUGUUAUAAUUUACUCUUAUGCGGAAAAAGGUAGCCCGUCAGAGGAAGAUACGACAACUAAGACAACAAGUUUUCUGGCCUGAAUCACUUGAACCCAUCCUCAGGCGACAUAAAACAUAUAAGGGUUGCAGAGGCACAAAGACUGCAGUAUUAAUAAUACGCAGCCGCCUUGGCACGUCUCGUGAUCACCGCUGUAAAACAUUCGACCGUCUCACAUUAUGUGUUCAAGGGUGAAUCCGAAGCGUCCGGCCAGCAGACCUCUUGUUCCAGUGAUCGCAUCUUCUUCUUCGUGUUCCGCACUGCCUGCUGGAACUCGCUUGUUUGGCAGGGCAACCCAUGCUAGUGCUUGUAGGGCGCUAACAGUAACUUUACAUUACUGUCAGGAGGCUGAAGUUGAUAUAACUUUAUUCACUCACGAUUUGGCCCAUAUAUCCUGUUAAAUUUUAAGCAAAUUCUCCAGUGAACCGCAAAAAUUACCCCAGGAUGAAAAUGCGCUAUCACUAGUAGAAGUUGAGUCUCGUUUAUUAAUCCUAAAAGAGGACAUACUUAGAUGCAUAUCUUCUCAUUAAUUUGCUGGGGCCUCCUACGUUCCUUUCAAUGGGUCAUAAGCCUUCUAAGAUACUUCUAAGAACUAUUUCCUAAUUCUGAAAAAAACCAAUAUCGCAGGCGGGUGACCAGGUUUAGUGGUCGAAAAUGGGGAUCAGGGCCUCCAUUUGCAACAAGCAGUUAUAUUCAAGGGAGGUACCUAUUUCUUUGUCUUAAUUACAACAUCGACACGCCCGGCGACAAAUAUUUCACUGUUUAACCUUUUUGUUGAAUGUAUGCGUGAGAAGCCUGACAGAGGCGUGGCUCGAAUAGGUAAACUUCAAACAAUGCCGGCGAUUACCCCCCCCCCCUCAAAUCGCCAGACAUCGUUGUUGGGCUUGUCAUUCCAGUCCAAAGCGUGGGUGUGUGUUCAAAGACAUCGAGAGGCAGAUGUUGCUUAUGUCACCGCCGCCAUCUCGAAACGACCGCUAUUCGGUUUGACCUUGAAGACGAAGUUGACACAAAACUCAGGAUUUCCAACCACUCUGGACUUUAUCCUUAUGCAUUGGCAAUUCUCAAGCCUUGCCAUUGCAGCCGCGGGUAAGAAUUCAACAGAGACUGCCAAAUUUUCGCAGCAACAUAUCAGUUUGGAUAGAUACGACUCUGGUAAGCGCAUAUAUUUACAAAAUCAAAAAAUCGAAUUUAUUUCACGAUAGAAAAUAAACUUAUCACGGAUAACGAGAGAUGGCAAUGGGAAUAAGUACCUGUGAAUACGGGAUCGGGAAAGUUCUGAAGCAACAGCGCAAAACUCAAGCCGUCUCCACUUAAUUUCACUUAGACCUAUUAAGGAGUGGUUUUUUUCAUUAACCUGUUACUCAGCGACUCAUACAGUGGGUGGGUUAAGUCAUGAAAUGUCAACAGAAAUUCCGAAAUGCGUUUCCGUCAUGACAAGAUUAAUUAUUUAGGAUUGUAAAACCAAUCCUCGUUAAGCAUAAAUCUAUAAUGAUUAAGUUACCUCAGCACGCCGGCUUUCGCACAAACGUUUUUCCGGCAGCAUCCCAACACCAUUCCCUGCAAAAAUUGAAUACUUAUUAGCAUGCAUUUUUUCAGUGAUUUUCGUUGCUCCUGAUGAUUUAAAUGUAUUUCAUGGAAAUCAUGCAUAAAGGUAAUCAUUAUUUUGCUCAUUCAGUUCAAAAUUACGUCUUCUUUCAGUUUUAUGCCCGAAGGAAGGGUAUAAUUCGGUUUAAAAAAGUUUUCAAUUAUGAGAUUUUUUAAUACCGUGAAAUGACCCUUCAAAAAGUGUAAUGUCUCUAUAUUCAACAAUGUGGCUUGCAAAGAUGAAAAUGUCGCUCAAAUCCUCUGCUUUAUUUUCUGAACCCCAUUUGCUACAAUUUUCAUACGGCAAAGAACUGUAUGGUUUAUCGAACGCAGUCAUUUUACGGUUUGUAGUUUGGGAACCCAGAAUGAAAGUGGGUGGGGUUCAAAAUUAUUCGCGAAUUGGGAAAUUUCUAUAAAAGCAGAUUAUACCCUUCCUUCAAAUGUAAAAUUUGAAGAAUUAACACGUAAUCUUUCACAAAAUAAGCCCAAGAAUGAAUAUUUUCAUGCAUGUUUUCUAUGAAAUAUAAUAAAUUCAUUAAGAGCAUCAACAGUCACCGUAAAAAUGCAUGCUAUUUGAGUAGUCACUUUUUUACGGAGUGAGGUAUUUUAAUGCAGCCAAAAAGAAGAUUCUUCGAAAGCCAGCAUGAUCUAGGGCGGUGAUCGCGAGAGGUCUUGAGAACAGUACGCAUAUGGUGCCAAGGCGGUUGCGUACUAUUAAUACUGUAGUCUUUGUGCCUCCGCAACCCUUGCCUGUGUUUUUUGCCCCCGAGAAUGGGUUCAAGGGAGUCAGACAAGUAGAAUUGCUGUCUUAGGCAUCACAUCUUUCUCUGAUGGGCUGCCUUUUUCCGCAUAACUGUGCAACAUAGCAUACGCGAGGGGAGGGGCUUUUGGCAUAUCUGUUUAGCAAUACGAAGGAUGAUUUAUAUCAGGUUUUAGGAAGUCACAAAACCGGGAAACUUGUUAAUAUGCACUUCGCUGUUUACCCUCCGACAUGGGGUUGAAGUGCAAGUGACGAUAAAUGUGGUGGAAUUUAUUUUUCUAGAUUGCCGCAUAUUUUUUCAUGUAUGCUAGAGACUACUGCCGCAUUUCAAGCAGUAAUUGUCAGAGGUACAUGUAAGGAGAGGUUAAAAUUUUGCGACGGAUAUUUGGUGCAGCUAAGCUUAAAUUAAUCGGACCGGGUUGAUAAUCUGAGGAAAACAAAGUGCUCACUGAAGUGUUUCUUCAACGGAUAGAACACUUGAUGGUCACCAAUUAUCAAUCAAAGCUCUGGGCUCGUUACGUCGAUGACACCGUUGCCAUUGUCAAAUCAUCCGACGUGAAGUCCCUCAAAGAAUUACCGAACUCGGUUGACCCCAAUAUUCAAUUCAAGAUGGAAGCUGAAACAAACAAUCAACAUCCAUUACUCGAUAUACUUGUGCGUCGGUGUGGAACUGGGCAAUCACAAAUUACCGUUUUAAGAAAAGCCAUCAACAAAGACAAAUACUACGUCUCAACAGCAAUCGCCCCCUCUCUCACAAACGCAGCUGUGUCAGUACUCUAUUUCAAAUAAGUGAAAUACACCAGCCGACAAAACAGUUGCACGACAAUACGUUCAUGAACUCUUUCAAACCAAUGGAUACCCAAGCUACUUCAUCAAGCAAAGCAAGUGCCGAUCCAACAGACGACGGCCACAAAAAGAACAACCAGAAGUCUGAAGGACUACUCCUUACAUGAAAGGAGUCUCCGAGGCGGUUUCAUGACUGUUAUAACCCGCCAGGUUAGGCAUUGCCCAUCGUUGUCGUUUGAUGCAUCCUAAACAUAUGCUGCCACCCACAGAAACUUCAGCAUUUGUCUAUCAAAUACGUUGUAACGAAGGAGACUGCAACUACGUUGGGGAAACUAGACGGAAAUUGCAACCGUUUACAUAAGCACAAACUGGCAACUCGGAGACUAGACUCAAACUCAUAGUUUGGCGACUUACGUCAGGGAAACUGGUCACAAUUUGGAUUUUCAAGGAACAGCCCUCUUAGGCUGGAGCACUUUAAGGGCAGGGCGUCUUAAACUUGAGGCAUAGUACUCAGAUGCCGACUCUAUCAACAUGCAUCUAGACUUUCAUUCAGCCUAUAAAUCCUUACGUCAUUCCCCACGCCUUGACGAAGACAAAACGCUCAUACGGAGCCUAAGACUACCGAGCAAACGCGGCCUGUCGACCAAUGCGUCCAAAAGGGGGACGCAAACGCAAGUAACUCCAGUUGAGGUGACGACGCACAAUAGAGGAGACCACCAACACUUACCGGCGACGACCGGUAGGCCAAGGCAGCGAAAAAAGAACAAAAGUCGACCAGCCCAGCGCCAACUAAUCCGGAUGUCCAUUAAAAAUUCUGAUCGAUUUUUCACUAUAUGCUUUAAUAAUGGAAAGCCGCCCCAGGUCUUCGAAACGUCAGCCAUGCAAGUCCCUCCAUUUUUUCAGGCUUACCAAUGUCAGGGCCUAAUUUUUAUGUUGGCGUGUGACACACAACGGGGAAGUUAUGUGCCCGAAAACUCACGCCUGUCAGAGGACAUUGCUUUUGACUUAAAGAGGAUUUUUCUGGUCAAUGGGUAGGAAUCGAAUACGCGUCUGGUGUUAGAAUUUCGACUUGAAUUUAGCAUUUAGGGUCAGCAGUUUGGUAUGCUGGACGUAAAUCAGGGGCGUUAAUGAGUGAAGACUGCUCCUUCAUUCUUCGCCGAAGGCCAUAUUGGCCACAAACUCUCUUCAACGGCGCGUAGAGGUUUCACAUCAUGUCAGAUUUUACGCACUGGACGCAUUUUUCAGUUGUGACUUAUGUUCAGAUCGAGUGUUCAGGUUAUUCCACCAACUCGAUAAGUGUUGAAAACUACUCUGGUAAAGACAUACAUGUGCACUGAGAAAAGUAAACUAAUGUCUCUAUUUUCCAUUUUGUCCUGGGUUUGGGUAUUUUCGUUAUUUCAAGUUGGUUUACGAUGAAAAGCGAACGCCAAAUUAAUUUUCUCGACUGCGUUUUCACCGAGGUUCUUAACCAGCCUAUUUGCGGUGUGGCCAUUAAGCUGAAGACAAGAGAAGGCUUUGAGCUGCCACAUAUAUUGACAAAAUGAAAGUCUUCGGGAGAAUUCUUUUCCUCCAACUACUGCUCUGCUAAUUCGCAAGAUGCUUCAUAUGUUUGUGUGUGUGUUUCUUGAAUGCGCCCGUUAUCAAAUGGAUGGCCGUGGUCUGUCAACAUUUAUAAGCCGACACAGUUCUUCAUAGAUUCAGAUAUGUACCUUCUGCUGGUCUGGGAGGCAUGGACUAUAUUGGUGUGGUUUAUACAACAGUUUCUGCACAGGGGAUAGACGGUGUCUUUUUGGUUUUAUUUUCCUGUUAUUUAAGGAGCAAACCGCUGCCACCAACAGGGGAAGAGCCUCACUAAAGCGUUAGACUUAUUUCAAAUUGUACCAUUAUUAUAGUUCGGAUAUGACUAACUCCUGUUGUUGUAUAUUUUGUUCCCAACAGCGUCCUUGAACUUAUAAUCUGUGCCUGUUAACCAUAAUAAAAUUCAACGCUUAAUAUUUAUUUUUCACUUCCAGCAUCCUGGAUUAGAAGACAACACCUCCCACGAACGACUUUUCAAUGAAAACUUUACACGUCUUACGUAUUCAACUGCCAGUUUUUUUAGGGCAGCAAAGAGUUUUGCCUGGCGUAACCAUGGUAGGUUAGCCGUUAACGUACGUUUGUAAUUAGUUCCUCAUCAAGGAAAAUUUCCCCCUCCCACUAGCACCGAUGUACUGCCUCGACAAACUUGACCACAGAGUGAUCUUUCAUCUGCAGGUUCACUUUUCCGAACACAAUUUUUCCCUAUCCUUUUCUGCCUGAUCUUCUAAUCUUACUUGCCGACAACUAUUAGCCCGACUUUAAGAAGGAGUUCUUUUGCUUUUAAAUGGUGUCCGAUCAGGAGAUGUUUUGAGAUCGUGAAAGUUCUACCCCUAAAUCAUGCUUUCCGUCCUUUUAUUAAUGCUGCUUGUAAGGCAUACAACAUGGCCCCAUUCUACUGCAAAAUUUAACGAGCCCUAAACGAUAUCUUAUCAUCAUAUAUAAAUAUGUGAUUUUUCCCGCAGAUGAAAUAAGGACUUUGUAAUUUGGAAACCAUGAAUGCAAGUGUAACGUCAGAUUGGGUUCAAAUAUUUCGGAAACUGGAAAGUUGUCUAAAUCCGAAAUAUGCACUACCUUUAAGUAUCAAAUUUAAAGAUGACGCAAUUUUCGGCCAAAUGGACAAAGAAAUGAAUAUUUUCGCGCAGUUUUCCUAAAUAUAUUUAAAUCUAUAAGCACAUCAAGAACAAAUUGGAAAAGUUCAUACGACGUUAAGUGAAUGUGUUAACUCAUGAAAUGUAAAUCGAAUUUUGGAGGAAGUUUAUUUAACUCGAAAAAAAUAACUUAAAUAUGAUUAUAAUAUUGGUCGCCAUGCAAAAUAAUCCCAUAAUAAUUUAGUUUCUUCGGGAUUCCGGUUUUAAAUGAACAAUUAUCCGGUCGCCUGCAAAAAACACUCUGCUAAGAUUGGCUACUUAUUUAGUAUGAAUUUCUCGCGUGGAUUUUCAAGGGCGAAAUAAAUUCAAAUAUUUUUCAUUAAAAGUAUGCAUUAAAAUAUUCAUGCAUUUACUCCUUUGGUAGUAAAAUACGUCCUCUACUAAGACUAUACUUAUACUAAGGGUAUAACUCGCCUUAGAAAAUCUUCCAUUCUCGAUUAAGUUUGAAGCGCAUUUGCCGUUCCCUUUGAAUUCGGGGUAGCAAAACUUAAAGCUAUAUAUUUUCUUUGUACGGAAAAUCAUUUAUUUCCCCACAAUAUUGGGAGAAGACUAUAUGUGGUUAAUGAAAUCUGACAGUGGAUAAGAGCCAAACUAUAAACUCUACAAGCAAAAUUAGUAAAUACGGAGAACAACAUUUCAUGGUCUGAAAAAUCUCAUAGUUCGAAACUUUUUUGAAACUACAUUACACGAUUACUUUAAGAAAAAAAAUAGAAGACGUAAUUUUUCAAAAAAUGAGGAUGCCUUUACAUGUUUUCCAGGAAAUAUAAUCGGAUUUAUAAGAACAUCGAAAUUCGGUAGGAAACGUUCGUACUUAAUAAAUAGUCGGUUUUUGCAGAAAGCAAUUUUUGCAGGCGGUUGGAAAAAAGUUUGUUCAAAAGCCGAAAUUCUGUGGUAAUUAAAGUAAUAAGAAAUGAUAUCGCAAGGCAAUUAUUAUUACAACAUUGCUUAAGCAAUCUUUGCGGAUCGAAAACGUAUUUCACAAUUUCGGUUAGCACACCUACUGUAAGCAGUCGUGUAGUUUUUGCAAGAAAAUCCUUCAAAAACCGACAUUCGGAUGUGAGUGAUGGAUCCUGCUAUCAUGCCGCGCGACAUUUAGUUUUAUGACACUACUUAAGCAAUUUUUUCUUAUCAAAGAUACGUUUCGGGUUUUCGGUUAACGUUAAUGAGAGAGCACAUCCACUGUACCAACAUCAUGUGUUCUUUAGGGUGGGUAAAAGUAAAUUUUGGCGUAGAUUUUGAAACCCACUACCACACAUUUUCAGGCCCCUUUCAAUAACCCCAAACUUGUACUGCUACGCACAAGUCAGUCUAUCUGCCCUCUCACCGGAAAUCGGAGUCGCGCACGGUACGACCUAAUCAUCAUUGUUAAGAGUUCACCAGACAAUGCAGCACGCCGGUCUCAGCUGCGACAGCUGAUCAGCCGUCAAGCGGCCACGCUGGCCAGUCCUGUCGGGCUACUCUUCAGCCUAGGCGUCCCGGCCGACACCGUCAGCCAAUCACGACUCUUGCAUGCCAUCAACGAUGAGGCCGACCGUUUUGAUGACAUCCUCCUGACCGACUUCAUGGACACCUACUAUAAUCUGACUCUGAAGACUCUGGCGAACCUGCGAUAUGCUCAUGUCGCCUGUCAGGGAGCCGCUCCGCUGGUCGCCUUCAUGGAUGAUGACCAUGGCCUCAAUUUGUCAGCUUUGCUCCCCUAUUUUCGCGCCUUCGACGAGCGACAGCUGCGGCAAUCUGUCUUCGGCCACAUACACGGCACGCCAAAAGUCAUCCGUAAUCCGGAGCACAAGUGGGCCCUUACGAGAGGCGAUAUGCCCUUCUAUAUGUAUCCGGACUACGCCGCUGGUCCAUGCUACUUUAUCGGCGCGGAGGCUGUGGAAGCAAUUUCGAUAGCCGCAGCCUUCACUAAGCCGUUCUCCAUGGAGGACGCCUAUGUGGGCAUGACAGCGACGAAGCUGGGCAUCCACAUGCACCAGUUGCCAGGUGUAUACCUUCAUGGACCUAAAGAAGGAUUAUUAACACAACAGACGUCACUAGUAGCCUUGUUGAAAUACUUCGAGCAGCAUACGCCUUAG